AUGGUUAGCGCAUUGCUUCUGGUGUUUAUCGUUGCCCUCGCCGCCGGUCAUGGCGCCGCCUUCGACCCCAACCCUCUCCAAGACUUCUGCGUCGCCGACUCUACAUCCAAAGUGCGCGUGAACGGGGUCCCGUGCAAGGACCCGGCGACUGUGACCCCGGACGACUUCUUCUUCGCCGGAGUCGACCACCCGGGCGGCACGGCGAGCCGUCGGUACGGUUUCACAGCGCUGCCCGUGCAGAUCCCGGGUCUGAACACGCUGGGGGCGUCGCACGCGCGCGUCGACGUCGCGCCGGGGGCCGUGUUCCCGCCGCACUACCACCCGCGGGCGUCGGAGACGGCCGUGGUGCUGGACGGCACCGUCUACUUCGGCUUCGUCACGUCCUACCCGGACAACAAGCUCUACGCCAAGGUGCUGCGCAGGGGCGACGUCUUCGCCGUGCCGCAGGGCCUCGUCCACUUCCUCUACAACAACGGCACCGCGCCGGCCGCGCUGUACGCCACGCUCAGCAGCCAGAACCCCGGCCUGGUGCUGCUCGGCGACGCGCUCUUUGGCUCUGGCCUCGCUGACGACCUCCUAGCCAAGACGUUCCUCACCGACCGGGAGACGGUCGACAAGAUAGGACUCAAGUUCCGGUCGUAG